AUGGCACCCGGGGUUUUUCAACAGCUUACUGUCUACAAUGGUCGUGAUGGCCAUCAGCUUGAGGAUACAUCCGACGCUAUCGACAAUGUAAAUGUCCUCAAAGCCGCUCUGAAGAACAAAAAUAUUAGCUUCGACGAUGCUUCUGAGUUCGAUGCCGAGAAAGAUAAGACCCAAUUUAGACAGUACCUCGAUGCUAGUGACCGUGUCAAGAAUUUCUACCGUGAGCAACAUGAGAAACAAACGGUUGCCUACAAUCUCAGGGCCCGGAUAAACUUUAAGACAAAGAAGAGGGCUAGAAUGAGUAUUUGGGAAGCAAUGGAGAAACUUAACACUCUAAUUGACGAGAGCGAUCCCGACACCAACCUUACACAGAUAGAGCAUUUACUUCAAACUGCCGAGGCUAUCCGCAGGGAUGGAAAACCUCGUUGGAUGCAAGUCACUGGCCUGAUUCACGAUUUGGGGAAGCUCCUGUUCUUCUUUGAUGCUGAGGGUCAGUGGGAUGUGGUCGGCGAUACUUUCCCUGUGGGAUGCGCCUUUGAUAAGCGAAUCAUCCUUCCAGAGACGUUUGUGAACAAUCCCGAUUACAAUCAUCCUGUAUACAGCACCGAAUUUGGAAUCUACCACGAGGGCUGUGGCUUGGACAAUGUCAUGCUUUCAUGGGGGCAUGAUGAAUAUCUUUACCACGUUGUCAAACACCAGUCCAGAAUCCCCGAUGAAGGCCUUGCCAUGAUUAGGUUCCACUCAUUUUACCCUUGGCAUAAAGAAGGAGCCUAUCACAAAUUCAUGAACGAUCAUGACAGAAGGAUGCUGAAAGCUGUCCAAGCUUUCAACCCGUACGAUCUAUACUCCAAGAGUGAUGAAACGCCAACUAUGGAAGAGCUCAAGCCCUACUAUCUGGAGCUCAUUGACGAAUUCUUCCCCGAGAGAGUCAUUGACUGGUGA